AUGGACAUCUGCAGGUGGAAAGGCAAGGGCGGAUGCAUUGGUUGGAGGCCUACACCGCCCACCGCCGACUAUUAUAUCGGCGCUGUUGUUGAAUUUCCUGCGCGUACAGUAACCGGAGCCGCAUCAACGGAACAGCGCAUACAACAAUUUGGGAGUCUCCUCGAAAAGGCUGCCAUACGCCCAGAUAUUGCGGUCUUUCCCGAGAAUGUGUUAAAUAGCCGCACAAAUCCGAUCGUCAUACCCACGCCUGGCGAGCAGGUGGUGCCGUGUGGGGCCGAUGUACAGUACGAUUACAUCAUCAGCGAAAUUUCUUGCUAUGCGCGUUCUAUGCGCUUGUAUGUGCUCAUCAAUGUGGCGGAGAUACAGAAUUGUACGCAAUCGCAUAAUAUUGAGGACUUAGUCGCCAACUGCGCCAUCUAUAAUACAAAUGUAGUGUUCGAUCGUGGAGGUGCGGUGAUUUCGCGUUAUCGCAAAUACAAUUUGAUCGGCAGUGAGUGGUUGUAUUUCAAUUAUACGACGCAGUCGGAGGCCGAGGCUAUAUUCCAGACCGAUUUCAAUGUCACAUUCGGACAUUUCACGCGCAUGGAUCUGUUGUAUGCGCGUCCGGCGCAGGCGCUUGUGCAAAGGGGGAUUACGGACUUUUUGCAUCCCAGCAAAUGGCAAUCGGAGUUACCCUUCAUGACGGCCAUUCAACUGCAUCAAUCCUGGGCCUAUAGCAACAACGUCAAUCUGCUGGUGGCGGGUACCAAUGAUCCACGUAAUGGACGCAGCGGCACCGGCAUUUAUGCGGGCAAAUAUGGCACUCUCAUCGCCUCCAUGACCACCGACGAGCAAAAGAGUAAACUGCACUUUAGCGUGGUGCCUAAGUAUGCUGUUAGCAGCAAGCGAGUUUUCGAAAGUUUUCAACUGAAUCGAGCCAACUCUACAGCGCAGGAAAGAACCACCGCAGAAACAAGCGGUGUGCUUGACCGUUUUACUGGCGUCGUUCUAACGCGUGACAGUGGCAUCGAUUUGUAUGUGACACAACCGCUGGUGGAUGAGAUGAGCACUAACGUUCCGUUACAACAACAACUUUGUCACAAUGAUUUGUGCUGCGACUUUUAUAUUGAACGACAUGCGAAUCCGCUAUCGAAUGCCACUACAACCAGCUACUACUAUCGGCUAGCUGCCUAUCGAGGCAUGGGUACAUUUCUCAACACCGAACCUGCUGCGGUCGGUGUUUGUGCGAUAUUUGCUUGCGUUGGCGAUCAUAUCUACACUUGCGGGCGGAUAUAUGAGGAGUCCGUGCAGGUGGUGCCGAAGCACAUAUUCGAUGUGGUGCGUAUAAGCGGAAACUUUACGCGGCAAAGCGCGAAUUUGUUGACGCCGACGAGUGUGGAUAGUCUGCUAAUGCCGCUGCCGGCGGACGCGUUUGAGUGGCAGGUAGCGAAAUACAGUAACGCUUCACUGGCCAAUCUCACCUUAGUUCAACCACGUUCCGAUAUUCUGACUUUUGGUAUAUAUGCAAACUACUUUUUGGACGACACCAUUUACGAUUACCACAAAAAGAAUGCAGCUGGCACAUUUGGUUUCACACUGUUGCUUAUUUUGAUGGCUUUUCUAAUACAAUUUACGUUAUGA